CGAUUAAUACUCUACCGGAACUUCACUUUACUUCUGUUAAGUUUUCAUGUGAAGGAUAUAUAUUCUAACUCAAUUGGAGACAGGAGAAACAAAAAUGUCAGAAGUACAGGAUGGUGGGACUAAGGAGUCUACCAAGCCUCCUAGUCCAAAACCCGACCAAGAUCCACCACAAGAAGUGGCCCCGCCGUUGGUAUCUGUUUCAAAAACCGAUGAAAAGAAACCAGCUGAAAAGAAGUCGGAUGACAAGAAACAACCAGAAAAGAAGCCAACUAAGGCAGCGCCAGCUCCAACUAAGGGGCCUGCAAAGAAAAAUGUCAUUAUUAUGGGAGAAGACAUGAAAAAGAUACAAAUGGAAGCCAAAGCCAAAAGAGAAGAGAGACGAAUGCUGUGUGAUGCAAGACAUCAGCACAUGUUCAGACAGAUAAGUGAUGCAAUAGGAAUAGAACCAAAUGCUGUAGAAGAUUUUGUAUUAGGAGAUGAAAGAUUUGACUUGAUAGAACCCUUCUUUGAGGCAGAUGGAUCAAGGAAGCUCAUCUUUUUCUACCAAGCUACCAAAGACGUCAGAGACCCAACAGGGAAAGAAAACAAAAAGUUGUUCAUCACCCCAGGAGAUGUUGAGGGAUUACAUGGAGUAUGCUGUUACUUCCUUAGAACAACACCAAAAGCUAUAACAGUCCAAAAUAUUGCAAAUGAAGUAAAUUUUGGAGUGCUCAACUGUUCCAAUGGCAAAGUAUUGAAAGGAUUUGAAGGAUAUCUUUCCAAGAUAGUCCUACCAUCUCUCAAAUCAUUAGAGCAAUGGGGAAAUGUUUCUGUGGAGAAUGAUAAAAAUCCCCAAAUUGAUGAAUUUUUGGAACAUCUUGAAAUGUUCAUCACCAACUUGCUGUCAGCUGUUGACAACAUGGAAGGGCAGGUAACUCUAGCUGAGAAUGGAGUUGGUCCACAAAUUGAUGGCCUGUCAUCACCAACAGACUACCAAGCUGCAGCUUCAAACUCCGAUUUCUUAGAAAAAUUAGAGAACUUGCUCCAGACGUGGUCCAAGCAAAUUGAACAAGUGUUAGCAGAGAGUGAACAGAUGAGGAGAGAAGCUGAUGAUAUUGGACCAACUGCUGAAUUAGCUUACUGGAAGAGCCGAAUGGCAAAAUUUAACAAUUUACUGGAACAAAUGAAGAGUCCAAGAGUCAGAGCAGUUGUCAGUGUAUUACUUGUAUCAAAGUCAAAAUCACUUAAAACAUGGAAGGAACUGGACGGUCAGAUUACUGAUGCUGCCAACGAGGCCAAAGACAAUGUCAAAUAUCUAUAUACCUUAGAUAAAUUCUUUGGACCACUUGUUAAGUGCACACCUUCUUCCAUGGUAGAACAUAUUCCAAGUCUGAUGAAUGCUAUAAGAAUGAUAUACAGUAUCUCACAGUAUUACAACACCUCAGAAAGAAUGACCUCUCUCUUUGUCAAGGUCACAAAUCAGAUGAUCACAACCUGCAAAAAGUAUAUCCUUCAUGAUGUGACUAGAAUCUGGGAAAUUCCAAGACCAGUCGUUCUACAGAGAUUGAAUGAAUGUAAUCAGCUGAAUGAAGAAUACCAGAAACAGUUCCAGAAGACCAAGGAAAAACUUAGGCUUAAUCCAAAUGAGAGACAGUUUGAAUUCAGUGAGAACUACAUAUUUGGAAAAUUUGACACUUUCUGCCGUCGUUUGGAGAGGAUUGCCGACAUGAUUAAUACAAUGGAGGUGUUCUCAGGUCUAGGCGAAAUCAAGAUAGAAGGAGUUGAUAUCAUUGCUAACAAGUAUAAAACUAUUGUUGAUGCUACCAAGAAAAAGAACUACAAUCUAUUAGAUCACAGGAAAGGAGAUUUUGAUUCUGACUACCUUGAGUUCAGAUCCCAGAUUGAGACUUUGAGACAGAUGAUACAAAACUUCAUGGAUACUUGGUUCUCAAGGUCACUAACGACUGAAAAAGCUGUAGAACUUCUAAACAAGUUUGAGAACAUUGGAGGAGCUAAUCUAGACAUGAAUGAAAAAUACAUGAAAGUUUUGAUGAACUAUGGAAAAGAUUUGGAAUCUAUCAGAAAAUCGUACCAGAAAUGUAAACAAGAGCCACCAAUACCCAGGAAUCUGCCACCUGUAGCUGGACGUAUUGCCUGGUCUAGACAACUCUACCGUAAAAUUGAACACCCAAUGAGAGUGUUCAAAACCAAACCAGAAUUGUUGAAGCACCCUGAAGCUAAGAAGAUUGUACGUAAUUACAACAAGAUGGCCAGUGUACUUCUAGAGUAUGAGAUGUUAUACCACCGAGGUUGGUGUCGUGCUGUUGAGGCUGCUAAGGGAGGACUGGCUGCAGCACUGUUGGUCAAAAACCCAGACACAGGAGAUUUAUAUGUCAACUUUGACAUCCAGAUCAUGGAAUUGAUACAAGAAUCAAAAUGUCUAGCAGCAUUAAAUCUAGAAAUACCUGUCACUGCCAAAAAUCUCAUGGUUAAGGAAGAAGAAAUAAAAACUAAUCAUGUUUCAUUGAAUGAGAUGCUGUCAGAAUAUCAGAGGACUGUAGCAGAAAUUCCACAAGUCUUACUUCCACUGAUGAAACCAUUCACAGACAAAGUUGGAGAUGCUUUACUUCCAGGAGUUAUGUCCCUUUCUUGGUCAUCUCUUAACAUUGAUGGAUAUAUUGACAACGUAUACAAACAAAUGACUGAUCUAGAAAAAUUAUCAAAGACGGUUAAGGAUAUUUUGGACUGUCGAGUAGAAGCUGUUUUACAUGAUAUGUCCGUGACAGCUCUUUGUGAUCUCCCAGAGGAUGAGGCUAUCACUGCAGAUACAUUCCUAGAAUUGACCACAAAUGUAGUAGAUCUGGCUUCAGUACAGCUAGCUGGACAAAGUAAACUAGUAGAGAUAGCUGUAUAUGACAUAGUUGAUACAUUGAAGAAUAACUUGGCUGAGGCUCAACAGGUUAACUUAUCACCUGAUGUAGGAUAUGCUUGUACCAUGCCAGACACCAAGAAUAAGAAACAAAGAUGUCAGGAAUGUCAGCCUUGUUGUUACUAUUCUCUACUGAAUUAUUUUACACAGAGGAACUCAGAAGCUCUUGUUAAAUGUACAAGACUCUCGUUAGAUGCCAUCAAAAGGAGACUACAAGUUUCUAACAAAUACAGUAAGGAUUUCCAGGAUAGUGCCAAACCACCACUAUUUUCUGCUGACAUCACUCUAGCCAUACCUAACGUAGUGAUCAAACCAAGCUUGGACGAUCUACAAUCCACCCUCAAUAAAGCUGUCCAAAUCAUUCUCAAGGCUUCACAGGACAUCCCACAAUGGAGUCACAUGGUCCUCCACCAAAAACAACAGCAGAAGCAAGCAAAAGAAGUGAAGGAUCUAGAGCUAGCUGCCAGUGAAGCUGGGGAAGAGGGAGCCAAGAUAAUGCAAACCUCUGCAGUGAAACCUCUGCACAAGAUCAUUAGUGAUCACAAAGAUGUGGUGAAGAUAGUCAUCCAACUUAACUCUAUCAUCAGUACAUUUAAAAUUGAUGUCAACGAAGUACUGGAGAACUUUGUUAAAUACUCACACUUGUGGGACAAGGAGAUAGAUGUUACUGUUAAAGAAUUCAUGGAUGCCAAACCAAUACUGUCAGAGAUUGAGGCACAAAUUAAAUUCUACCAGAAACUUGAACAAGAGAUUGAAGAAAUGUUACCAAGUUAUCGGGUAGGAUCAGUGAUGUGUGUCACGGACAAACUCAAACUUGCCUUUGUAACUGAGGCCAGAAACUGGAAAAUGGCUUAUUCCAAGGCACUCAAUGAAAAAUGUGCUCAUGAAAUGGAUGAAAUUCUUGAAUUUACUGAAAACCUGACAAAGAAAUUGUCACGUCCAGUCAAAGAUUUAGAUGAUGUGCGAUCCCACAUGGCCUCAUUGAAUGAGAUCAGAGAGGCGGAGAUCCGCGUUGACAUGACAAUUACGCCCAUAGAAGAAAGUUAUGCCUUGCUGAAUAAAUACAAUAUUUUCUUCAAUGAUGGUAAUGCUGAGAGAGUGGAUACUCUGUCUUAUGGAUGGAAGAAACUCAUUGCACAGUCUCAGCAAGUACAGAACCACCUGUUACAGAUUCAACCUAAGUUUAAGGCUGACUUACUCGAUGGUGUAGAGACAUUUAAGAAAGACUCAGAUGAAUAUGUCAUGGACUAUGAUGACAAAGGACCAAUGGUUGCUGGUAUUGCACCUAGAGAAGCCUCAGACAGACUGAACAUUUACCAGGCUAAAUUUGAUGAAUUGUGGAGGAAAUAUGUGACCUUUUCUGGUGGUGAAGAAUUAUUUGGAUUACCAGUUACACAAUACCAAGAACUUCAACGUAUCCGUAAGGAGUUGAACUUGGCUCAGAAAUUAUACUCAUUAUACAAUGUUGUAUUGGAGACUGUCAAUGCUUAUUAUGAUAUUGCUUGGGUUGAUAUUGACAUUGAAAAAAUCAACAAUGAACUUCUAGACUUCCAAAACAAGUGUAGAAAGCUUCCAAAAGCUUUGAAGGAAUGGCAAGCAUUUGAAGAUCUGAAGAAAACCAUUGAUGACUUCAAUGAGACCUGUCCAUUGUUAGAAAUGAUGGCCAACAAAGCUAUGAUGGGUAGACAUUGGGAGAGAAUUGCCCAGAUUACAGGACAUUCCUUUGAUGUAGAUGCAGACAACUUCCUCCUCAGAAAUCUGAUGGAAGCACCUCUCUUACAAUAUAAAGAAGACAUUGAGGAUGUGUGUAUCUCAGCUGUGAAAGAGAAGGACAUUGAAGCCAAACUUAAACAAGUUAUAAAUGACUGGAGUGGACAAGACUUCCAAUUCUCUUCUUUCAAAACCAGAGGAGAACUUUUACUCAAAGGUGACACAACUGGUGAGACAGUAGCCUUGAUGGAAGACAGUUUAAUGGUCCUUGGAUCACUACUCAGUAAUAGAUACAAUGCUCCAUUCAAACCUAAAAUCCAGGAAUGGGUACAGAAACUCACUGGCACUACAGAAAUCAUUGAAAACUGGCUCAUUGUACAGAAUUUGUGGAUCUAUCUAGAGGCUGUGUUUGUUGGUGGGGAUAUUGCCAAACAGUUGCCACAGGAAGCCAAAAGAUUCAGCAACAUUGACAAGUCUUGGAUGAAGAUAAUGCAGAAAGCUCAUGAGAACUCUAAUGUUGUACAGUGCUGUGUUGGGGAUGACACUCUAAGUCAACUUCUGCCUCAUUUACUAGAACAGUUAGAAAUCUGCCAGAAAUCUCUCACAGGUUACCUAGAAAAGAAACGUUUGGUCUUCCCACGAUUCUUCUUUGUCUCUGAUCCAGCCCUUCUUGAGAUUCUCGGUCAAGCCAGUGACUCACAUACAAUUCAAGCCCAUUUGUUGAGUGUGUUUGACAACACUAAGACAGUGAACUUUGACGAGAAGGUUUAUGAUAAGAUUUUGUCAUUGAAUUCCCAGGAAGGUGAAAAUAUCUCAUUAGAAGAAGUGGUCAAUGCACAGGGUAAUGUAGAGAUUUGGCUUGGUGACUUGCUAAGGAUGUCAAGGAAGUCUAUCCAUGGUAUUAUAAGAUCAGCUGCUAUAUCUAUAUCUGAUCCUGGAUUCAAACUGAUUGAAUUUGAGAACAUGUUCCCUGCACAAGUUGGUUUAUUAGGUAUCCAGAUGUUGUGGACAAGAGAUUCAGAAGAAGCUCUUAAUAAUGCCAGAACAGACAAGAAAGUCAUGCAGAAUACCAACCAGAAAUUUGCAGACAUACUCAAUGAACUGAUUGACAUGACAACCAAAGAGCUGACAAAACUAGAAAGAACCAAAUUUGAAACUUUGAUUACCAUACAUGUACAUCAGAAAGAUAUCUUUGAUGAUCUGGUGAGAAUGCAUAUCAAAUCAGUGACUGACUUUGAAUGGUUAAAACAGUCCAGAUGUUACUUCAAGGAAGACACAGACCAAUGUGUUAUUUCAAUCACUGAUGUCGAUUUUGAAUAUCAGAAUGAAUUCCUUGGUUGUACUGAACGUUUAGUCAUUACUCCCCUUACUGACAGGUGUUAUAUUACCAUUGCUCAGGCUCUAGGAAUGUCCCUUGGUGGAGCACCAGCUGGCCCAGCUGGUACUGGUAAAACUGAGACAGUUAAAGACAUGGGUCGUUGUCUUGGAAAAUAUGUUGUUGUAUUUAAUUGUUCUGAUCAGAUGGACUUCAGAGGUCUGGGACGUAUCUACAAAGGUUUGGCUCAGUCUGGAUCUUGGGGAUGUUUUGAUGAGUUCAAUCGUAUUGACUUACCAGUAUUGUCAGUGGCUGCACAACAGAUUGCCAUUGUAUUACAGUGUAAAAAGGAAAAGAAAACUCAGUUUGUCUUCACUGAUGGUGAUAUCGUAGAUUUUGACAGAGAAUCUGGAAUGUUCUUGACCAUGAAUCCAGGUUAUGCUGGACGUCAAGAAUUGCCAGAAAACUUGAAGAUUAAUUUCCGUACAGUAGCUAUGAUGGUACCAGACAGAGCUAUCAUUAUUCGUGUCAAACUAGCUAGUUGUGGUUUCCAACAAAACGUUGUUCUAGCAAAGAAGUUCUUUACACUGUACAAACUUUGUGAAGAACAAUUGACCAAGCAGGUCCAUUAUGAUUUUGGUUUAAGAAAUAUCUUAUCUGUAUUGCGUACCCUUGGAGCUUACAAGAGAUCCAACCCUGAAGAUCCAGAACCCACUGUUGUAAUGAGAGUAUUAAGAGACAUGAAUCUCUCCAAGUUGGUAGAUGAAGAUGAACCUCUGUUUAUGUCUUUGAUUGAUGAUUUGUUCCCAGGAAUCACCUUAGACAAAGCUGGAUACCCAGACAUAGAAGCAGCUAUUUCUAAAAACAUUACUGAAGGUGGACUUAUUCAACAUGACCCUUGGGUGUUGAAGUUGAUUCAGUUAUACGAGACACAGAGAGUCAGACAUGGAAUGAUGACACUUGGACCAACAGGUGCUGGAAAAACCAAAUGUAUCCACACUUUAAUGAGGGCUAUGACUGAUUGUGGUGAACCUCACAAGGAAUUGAGAAUGAAUCCUAAAUCCAUUACAGCACCUCAGAUGUUUGGUCGACUUGAUGUGGCCACUAACGAUUGGACAGAUGGUAUCUUUUCUACAUUGUGGAGAAGAACUCAUAAAACAAAGAAGGGUGAGCAUGUCUGGCUGUUGUUGGAUGGACCAGUAGAUGCUAUCUGGAUUGAGAAUUUGAACUCUGUACUAGAUGACAACAAGACUCUGACAUUGGCUAAUGGUGACAGAAUCCCAAUGGCCCCCAACUGUAAAAUUAUCUUUGAGGUGCAUAACAUUGACAAUGCAUCACCAGCUACUGUAUCCAGAAAUGGUAUGGUGUUCAUGUCAAGCUCCAUCUUAGACUGGAACCCUAUCAUCAAAGGAUGGCUUAUGACCAGACCUCCAGCUCAACAAGACAUAAUCUUUAGUUGUUUCGAAGAAUGUUUCUUCAACAUGUACAAUUUUAUCAUGCAGAAACUAGUUCCAAAGAUGGAAUUGUUAGAGUGUAUGUAUGUAAGACAGUCUAUAGAUUUGUUGGAGGGACUGAUCCCAGGAGGAGAUGAAGGAAAAGACAUGAAACCAGACCAUCUACAAAAACUCUUCAUCUUUGCCAUGAUGUUCUCUCUUGGUGGUAUUCUAGAGUUAGAUGACAGGAAAAAGCUUGAAGAAUGGACUGUAGCAAAUACCAAACUUCCAUUACCAAAAUGUGAAGAAGAUGACACCAUAUUUGAAUAUAUGGUAAAUGAAAAAGGAGCAUGGGAACAUUGGAGUGGAAGGGUGCCAGAAUAUGUCUACCCACCAGAUUCAAUCCCAGAAUACACCUCUAUUUUGAUUCCUAAUGUUGACAAUGUGAGGACUGAUUACCUGUUGAAAAUGAUCUCCAAGCAAGGCAAGGCUGUGUUAUUGAUAGGAGAACAGGGAACAGCUAAAACAGUCAUGGUUCAGGGAUACUGUGGAAAAAUGGACCCAGAAGACCAUUUAUUCAAGAGCUUCAACUUCUCUAGUGCUACAACAUGUACUAUGGUCCAGAGAACCAUGGAGGGAUAUGUAGACAAAAGGAUGGGCACAACCUAUGGUCCACCUGCUGGAAAGAAGAUGACUGUGUUUAUUGAUGAUAUUAACAUGCCUAUAAUCAAUGAAUGGGGAGAUCAGGUGACCAAUGAAAUUACACGACAGCUGAUGGAAGCUAGAGGGUUCUAUAACCUUGAGAAACCUGGAGAGUUUACCAACAUUGUUGAUAUCCAGUUCUUGGCCGCUAUGAUCCAUCCCGGUGGUGGUAGAAAUGAUAUCCCACAGCGUCUCAAACGUCACUUUAAUAUCUUCAACUGUUGUCUUCCAUCAAAUAAUUCCAUUGAUAAAAUCUUCAGAACAAUUGGAAAAGGAUACUUUGUCAAGGAUAGAGGAUUCAGAGAAGACUGUUGUGAACUUGUGGACAGUUUAAUUACAGCUACUAGAAAACUAUGGCAGAAGGUUAAAGUAAAGAUGUUGCCAACACCAGCUAAGUUCCAUUACGUUUUCAACUUGAGAGAUCUCAGCAGAAUUUGGCAGGGAAUUUUGAAUAUAACCGAUGAAAUCCUGUCCAGUACUGGUGUUAUGAUGUCACUAUGGAAGAACGAGUGUUACAGAGUUAUUGUUGACAGAUUUGUAGAUUUACCAGACAAAGAUUGGUUCGAAAAAACAAUGAAACAGGUAGCAGAAGAGGAGUGUGGAUCAGCUGUUGUGAAUGAGAUGGAGGCUGAACCAUACUUCGUAGACUUCAUGCGUGAGGCUCCAGAACCUACAGGUGAGGAGCCUGAAGACGCUGAUUUGGAGGCACCAAAGAUCUAUGAAGCCAUUCCAUCAUUGGACGCUCUAGAAGAAAGACUGAAGGGUUACAUGGAACAAUACAAUGAAACUGUUAGAGGAGCAAAGAUGGAUAUGGUGUUCUUCAAGGAUGCCAUGACCAAUUUGGUAAAGAUUUCCCGUGUGAUCAGAACCCCUAGAGGACAUUCCUUACUAGUAGGAGUGGGUGGUUCAGGAAAACAGAGUUUGACCAGACUUUCAUCAUUUAUUGCUGGAUACAAGACUUUCCAGAUUACAUUAACUAGGUCCUACAAUGUGAGCAACUUGCUUGAAGAUUUGAAGUUCCUGUAUCGUACCGCUGGACAGCAAGGGAAUGGUAUAACAUUUAUCUUCACAGAUCAGGAAAUUAAAGAUGAAGGCUUCUUAGAAUACAUGAACAACAUUCUGUCCUCUGGUGAAGUAUCUGGUUUGUUUGCUAGAGAUGAAAUGGAUGAAAUCUUACAAGAACUGAUUGGGUCAAUGAAGAAAGAUUUCCCACGUAAAGUGCCAACCAAUGAAAACUUGUAUGAAUAUUACCUGAAUCGUUGCAGACAAAAUCUUCAUGUUGUUCUCUGCUUCUCUCCAGUUGGUGAGAAAUUCCGUAGCAGAUCACUGAAGUUUCCUGGACUGAUUUCCGGUUGUACAAUGAACUGGUUCCAGAGAUGGCCUAAAGAUGCUUUGAUUGCUGUCUCCAAUCAUUUCUUGGCCACAUUUGAUAUUGCAUGUACACCAGCUGUCAAACAGUCAGUUGUCAGUACCAUGGGGGUCUUCCAGGAUAUGGUAGCAGAGUACUGUAUAGACUACUUCCAAAGGUACAGACGACAGACAUAUGUCACUCCUAAAUCAUACCUAUCCUUCAUUGCUGGAUACAAAACUAUUUAUACAGAGAAGAAAGGAGAGAUUGGAAUCUUGGCUCAGAGAAUGAAUACUGGUUUGAAGAAAUUGAUAGAGGCAACUCAGUCUGUGAAUGAACUUUCAAAAGAACUAGCUGUCAAAGAAAAAGAAUUAGCUGUUGCAUCAAAGAAAGCUGAUGCUGUACUUAAAGAAGUAACAGAGAAAGCAACAGCUGCCGAGAAAGUCAAAUCUCAAGUACAAGUUGUCAAAGACAAAGCUCAGGCAAUUGUAGAUGCCAUUUCUGAGGACAAAGCCAAAGCAGAAGUGAAACUAGAAGCUGCUAGACCCGCCUUGGCCAGAGCUGAGGCUGCUUUACAGACAAUUAAACCAGCUCACAUAUCUACAGUGAGAAAAUUAGCCAAGCCGCCACAUUUGAUUAUGAGAAUUAUGGACUGUGUGUUGAUUCUUUUCCAACGUAAAAUAGGAACUGUUGAACAAGAUCCUGAGAGACCUUGUAUGAAACCAUCCUGGGGUGAUUCACUCAAAUUGAUGGGUGGUAGCGGUUUCCUCAACGGUUUACUUCACUUCCCUAAGGAUUCUAUCAAUGAAGAAACAGUAGAACUGUUAGCACCAUACCUAGAUAUGGAGGAUUACAACAUGGAGUCUGCACAAAAAGUAUGUGGAGAUGUGGCUGGUCUGGCUGGGUGGACUGAAGCUAUGUCCUUCUUCUUUAGCAUCAACAAGGAAGUCUUACCACUCAAAGCCAAUCUGGUCGUACAGGAGGCUAAACUUGGGGCAGCAAUGAGUGAUUUGAAUAAGGCUCAAGCUCAGUUAGACGAGAAGGAAAAAGAAUUAGCAGAAGUAAUGGCUAUGUAUGAUGCUGCUAUGAAAGAGAAACAGACAUUAGUUGAUGAUGCUGAAGCUUGCAGAAGAAAGAUGAUAAAUGCUACAGCUCUAAUUGAGGGUCUAUCAGGAGAAAGGAUAAGAUGGACUGAAGCCAGUAAAGGAUUUGAAGCCCAGAUUCAUAGACUUGUUGGAGAUGUAUUGUUGUGUACUGGUUUCCUGUCUUACACUGGUCCCUUCAAUCAAGAAUUCAGAAACCUUGUACUCAAGGGAUGGAAGAAAGAAAUGAUAACUAACAAGAUUCCCUUCAGUGAUGAUGUGAAUGUGGUGACCAUGUUGGUUGACAAUACAACAGUGAGUGAAUGGAACUUGGAAGGUCUGCCAAAUGACGAGCUCUCAAUCCAAAACGGUCUAAUUGUCACAAAGGCCGCUCGAUUCCCGUUGCUUAUUGAUCCUCAAGGUCAGGGUAAAUUCUGGAUCAAGAGCAGAGAAAAGAGUAAUGAAUUACAGAUGACCUCUCUCAAUCAUAAGUACUUCAGAAGUCAUCUAGAGGAUGCACUGUCUUUAGGACGGCCAUUGUUGAUAGAAGAUGUUGGAGAAGACUUAGAUCCAGCACUUGACAAUGUACUUGAGAAGAACUUCAUCAAAUCAGGUUCUACAUUCAAGGUGAAAGUAGGUGACAAAGAAGUAGACGUCAUGAAAGGAUUCCGUCUGUACAUCACAACCAAACUGGCCAAUCCAACAUACACACCAGAAAUAUCAGCCAGAACAUCAAUUGUUGACUUUACUGUCACCAUGAAAGGUUUAGAAGAUCAGUUGUUGGGUAUUGUCAUCUUGACAGAGAAACAGGAACUUGAACAAGAGAGGACAACUCUGAUGGAAGAAGUCACAGGUAACAAGAGGAAGAUGAAAGAUCUGGAAGAUAAUCUAUUGUACAGAUUGACCUCUACUGAGGGGUCAUUGGUAGAAGAUGAAUCUCUGAUUGAGGUACUCAGAAUUACCAAGACAACAGCUGAAGAAGUCAGUGAAAAACUCAAAAUUGCCGCUGAAACUGAGAUCAAAAUCAAUUCUGCUCGAGAAGAGUUCCGUCCAGUGGCAUCCCGUGGCAGUAUCUUGUAUUUUGUGAUUGUUGAAAUGAGCAUGGUCAAUGUGAUGUACCAGACAGCUCUGAAACAGUUCUUGGAAAUAUUUGACGUUUCUAUGGCCAAGUCACAGAAAUCACCAAUAACAACAAAGAGAAUUAAUAACAUUAUUGAAUAUCUUACAUUUGCGGUGUUUAGUUAUUCCGUCAGAGGGUUCUAUGAGAACGAUAAAUUCUUGUUUACAACACUUAUGACCUGUAAAAUUGAAAUGGCUGCCGGAAGAAUUCGUGGCGAAGAAUUCCAAACAUUCAUUAAAGGUGGUGCUGCUUUAGACUUAAAUGCUGUAGAACCCAAACCAAGGAAAUGGAUUACUGACAUGACAUGGCUCAACUUGGUAGAGCUUAGUAAAUUACCACAGUUUUCACAGAUUUUAUCGCAAGUUGCCAGGAAUGAUAAGGCAUGGAAAGCAUGGUUCGAUGAAGAUGCACCUGAAGAGGCCACCUUACCUGAUGGUUACAGUACCACUCUAGAUACUUGGCGUAAACUAUUACUCCUUAGAAGUUGGUGUCCUGAUCGUACCAUACCUAUGGCAAAGAAAUAUGUGUCUGAAGCUAUGGGAUUAAGGUUUGCUGAAGGAGUUAUCCUGAAUAUGGAUGAAAUGUGGGAAGAAUCUCGUACCAACGUACCAUUAACCUGCUUCUUGUCCAUGGGAUCUGAUCCAACAGAAAACAUCAUGCUAUUAGCCAAGAGGAAGAACUUCCAAUGUGGCGCCAUCUCUAUGGGUCAAGGACAGGAUGUCCACGCCAGAAGAUUGUUGAGUUUAUCCAUGCAGGAAGGUAGAUGGGUAAUGCUACAGAACUGUCAUUUGGGUCUGGAUUUCAUGGAUGAAUUACUUGACUUGGUAUUGACAUCAGAGAAUGUAAACGAUGGGUUCCGUCUCUGGUUGACACUAGAGCCUCAUCCUAAGUUUCCAAUCAACAUGUUGCAGACAUCUAUCAAGUUUACCAAUGAACCUCCACAAGGUGUCAAAGCUGGUCUUAAGAGGACAUAUGCCAUGUUUUCACAGGAACAAUUAGAUUAUUCUAACUUCCCACAAUGGAAGCCAACCUUGUAUGGUGUUGCCUUCCUCCAUACAACUGUCCAAGAAAGACGUAAGUUUGGACCUAUCGGUUGGAAUAUACCAUAUGAGUUCAAUCAGGGAGAUCAAAAUGCAACAGUACAGUUUGUACAAAACCACUUGGAUGAUAUGGACCCCAAAAAGGGUGUGUCUUGGCAGACAAUUAGGUACAUGAUUGGUGAAGUACAAUAUGGAGGGCGUGUCACAGAUGACUAUGAUAAACGUCUGCUCAACACCUACUGUAAAGUCUGGUUUGGAGAAAACAUGUUUGCAGAUUCAUUCCAGUUUUACACAGGUUACAAAAUACCCAAGUGUAAGACCAUUGAAGAAUACAGAACCAGUAUUGAAGCAUUGCCUCUACAGGAUACACCAGAGUGUUUUGGUCUUCAUUCAAAUGCUGAUAUAACCUACCAGACGAACACUGCAAAUGAAAUGUUGGUUACAAUUGUAAACAUUCAACCUAAGGAUUCUGGCGGUGGAGGUGGUGAGACCAGAGAAAUGAUAGUAUACAAGCUAGCUGAUGAUAUGUUAGAUAAACUACCAGAGGAUUAUGUACCAUAUGAGGUGAAAGACAAACUAAGAAAGAUGGGAAUUCUUCAGCCUAUGAACAUCUUCCUCCGUCAGGAAAUAGACAGAAUGCAGAAGGUCAUAUCUCUUGUUCGUGUUACACUCAAAGACCUUAAACUUGCCAUUGAUGGAACAAUAAUCAUGAGUGAGGACCUUCGUGAUGCUUUAGACAAUAUGUUUGAUGCUCGUGUCCCAUCUAAAUGGAAGAAGAUUUCCUGGGAGUCUGCAACACUUGGUUUCUGGUUCACUGAUUUAUUAGAUAGAAAUCAACAAUUCCACACCUGGAUUUUUGAAGGAAGACCUCACUCUUUCUGGAUGACUGGAUUCUUCAAUCCACAGGGUUUCUUAACUGCCAUGAGACAGGAAAUAACCAGAGCACACAAAGGUUGGGCCUUGGAUAAUGUCGUUCUGGACAAUGAUGUUACAAGAAUGAUGAAGGAAGAUCUACAUGGACCACCUAAUGAAGGUGUAUACAUUUAUGGACUGUAUCUGGAUGGUGCAGGAUGGGAUAAGAGAAACUGUAAACUAAUUGAACCUACACCUAAAGUUCUAUAUACAGCUGUGCCCGUGGCCCAUGUGUUUGCCACUAACCAGGAGAGAACAGGCAAAGUAGCCAAUAUGUAUGAAUGUCCCGUGUACAAGAAACCCAGGCGUACUGAUUUAACUUAUAUAUUCCCACUGUUCCUGAAGACAACUAAACCACCAGAUCACUGGACUCUACGUGGAGUAGGUCUUCUCUGUGAUACAAAAUAAACUGAUUCUUUCUAAAAAAAAAUUAGAUUUUUUUUUUACUUUUCAAAAGGAACUAUUUACACUAAUAUUCUUUUUUGUUUAUGUCUGUUUCUUUUACUGUUUUGUGUGAGAAAUAAUAAGCUUGAUGAAUUUGUAACAUUUUCUGUUUAUAUAUAUUGAUAAAUCUAUAUAUAUUUUCCCCGGAGGUAUGAUAUUUAAUUUUCUUCAUCCAAGUUUAUUUUAUAAGUCUGCAAGCAAGCUUGGCAAUAAUUGAUUUAAGAAAUUGUCAAAUUCACACAAGUUUAAAACUUCAUCUGAUUCGACUAUGAUAAAAAGAAAUAAACAAAAGAUACAUUUUCAACAUCUUCCUUUUAUACUGAUUUACUAUACCUUAUUUUACUGUUAAAUUUUAAUAUUUAAUUUUUGAAAAAAAAUGAAAUAAUACAAUCAUUAUUUUAUGCAUAUUUUACAUUUUGUAUAUUAAAUUAGCUAGUGAAAUAUUCCGUCCAAUCUGAAUUGCAACUAUCAAAUGAUUAUAAAUCCUAUGUAUAUACAUGUUCUAUGAUGUGGUGCAAAUUUAAUUUAAACAAAAUCCGUCCUUCAUACAAAAAGUUGAUUGCUAUUUAUACAAAUCAGUAUUUAUUGUGUGUUCUAUUGUUAUUUAUUUAUAUUGUGUGAUAAUUAUUAUAUUUUGGAAAUUAUAUAAUUUAAUAUUCAAAGAAUUUAUACUAUUAUUUUUUUAUUGUUUUCACUUUAUCUAUUGUUGUUCUAACAUUGUUUGGAGUACAGAGUAUUUAUUAUUUCUUUGUUUGAAAACAAUAAAAUGUUCUGCAUACAA